AUGGACUUAGAAAAUAAAACAAAAGAAGAAAAUUUAAAAAGAAAACAAAAAAACGACUAUGAAGAACUUAUUAGACUUAGAAACUUAAAUAAAAAAAUGGAAAACUAAAUCAUUACUUUAGAAAAAAACAUGGCUUAUUUUGAAUAAGAAAAUUAGGACUUUAAAAAUAUGGUUUCUUAACUUCAAAGCGAAAAUACUCAACUUUUUUAAAAUUUUUAGGAUGCUUAAAAUAAAUCAAUUUAAGAAAGUAGAAAUUUUGAAAGAUAAAUUGAAAGCUUAGUUUAAGAGAUUAAUUCUAAUAAAAUUUAAUUUGAAGAUAUUAAAAUAAAGGAAUAUAAUCAAUUUAAAGAAAUCGAAGAAUACAAACAGAAAUAUCAUAAUACUAAAAAUGCAAAUAAACAAUUAAAAAUUGAUAAUAAUAAACUUUGGGAUUAAAUAAAGGAUAUACAAAAACAAUUGGUCUAAGAAUAAAAAAAAAAGAAUAAUAAAUAGUUAUGUAAAAAAUUCAAGAAACAAAAGAUAACAAACUUAAGUGGCGAACAUUUAUCAAAACUUGGAUGUUUAUCUGAUUAUUCAGCUUUAUUAGAUAUAUAAGAUAAAAUGAUGAGAGAUGAAACAGGAAGUCUUAUUUUAUAAGAAAAGCCUCGUGUAAAUAAUGAUACAGCUAAUUUAGAUUAUCUAUUAAAUUUUCCUAAAAAUACAUUUGGAUAUAAUUAUGCAAGAUUUAUGUCUGAUAGGCGUUAUUCAAGUGAAGAAAGACCAAAAGUAACAUAUUUACCAGAUUUUGAGUUAGCUUAUAUAUUUUAAAGAUAUAAAGAAAUACAUGAUUUUAUUCAUGUUUUACUAGGUUAUGAUGUCACUGUUUAUGAUGAAAUCAUUGUCAAGUGGUAUGAAAUGAUUCAGUUAGCAUUGCCUAGUGCAAGUAUUUCAUCUUUUUUUGGUCCUUUAAAAUUUACAAAAGAAGAAAUUAUAGAUUUUAAUACAAAUGAAUUGCCUAAAAUUACAUAAUAAGCAAAACAAAGCAAAUUUAUAAUGAACUUAUAUUUCGAAAAGGAAUAUAAAACUGACAUAAAUGAAUUAAGAAAAAAAAUGAAUAUAACAUUAAAGCCAAAGCUUUUUUAUGAAUGA